AUGCCCCCCAAAGCCGCAGACCAGAAGCGAAAACGAGGGCGCCCCUCAAACGCGUCUAAGCCGGCCGACGCGUUGCCAGGUUCUCCCGAAGCUGUAGAGACAGAAGAAGCACCGGCACCAGGGAGACGCGGUCGCCCAAGCAAACGAAAGGAUACUGAAGUGUCAUCCCCCGCCGAGGAACCGAAAACCAAAAAGAGGGGCAGACCACCCCGCGAGGCAGCAAUAGAAGCAGAAGUAGAAGAAGCGAAUGAGGAGGAGCCCGAACCGGCGCAAGCGAAACCGAAAUCGAAAAAGGCCAACAAGAGCAAAUCGAAGGACAACGAGGAAGCAGCAGACGGAAACGGGUCAACAAGCCGACGAGAAAAGGCCGCCUCACGAGGUAAACCAGGCCGAAAGCCAAGAAAGGAGGCGAACGAGGAGGCCCAGGACGAAGAAGAGGCCGGCACAAGCAAUUCGGCCAAGAAGAAGCGUGGACGGCAACCAGAAAAGCCUACGGAAGAGGAGGGGCCCGAGGAGGCUGUAUCUCCAGAACCGGUCCCCAAGAAGAAGCGUGGGCGACCGUCUCUAGACAAGGAACCAGCAGCCGAGGAGGACGCUGCGCCCAAAAAACGGGGAAGAAAGCCCAAGGAAAAGGUUUCCGAGGUCGAAGAGCCUGCACCUGAGGAGGAAGGGGAGGCUGAGGCCGCUCCCAAGAAGAAACGCGGACGCAAGGCAAACGUUACAGUAGAAGAGGUGGAGGAACCACCAGCUGAAGAGGACUCGGCGGCCGUAAAAAGGAAACGCGGUCGCCCUUCGGCGCAAGCUGAACCAGAGGCGCAGGAGGUGUCACAGUCAGAGCCGAAAGAAGGCCGGAGGCGCAAGGGGAAGCAGCCCGUACCAGUAGCAGAGACGACAGCCGAGAAGCCGACCAAGAAGCGCCGGAAGAAGGGCGAGGAGGGGGAAGAGGCGUCACCAGAUACCCAACGUCGCCGGGCUGGCCGUCCUCGAACUUCAGAUGCAGCAUCCUCGCAGAACGAAACCUCGCAAGCGCGCAAAUCCAAGAAGCGUCCAACGGAAGACGAUGCAGUAGAGGCAUCAGCACCCGCGAAGAAACGCCGUCGUCGCACGUCUGACGAAAUCCAACAAGAGAAACAAGAACAGCAACAACAGCACCCCAAACCCGAAGCCCCAAAGACGCUCCGACGGCCCCCCAAACACCGCCACAUCGCCGCCCGCGUCCGCCAGGUCCCCCGCUCCGUGAUAGAAGAGAAAUGGUCCCCGCUCACGAACCCCUCCCUCUCCAUCGUCUCCAACCUCCUCCGCCUCGCCGAGCGCCCCGUCCUCCAGCGCAUCCCAGGCAGCGAGAAGCGCCGCGACCAGGCCGCUUCCGCCCUCCACCUCAUCACGAACCGCCUCGUCAAGAAGCUCUCCCGCGGCCUGCCUUUCCCGCCGGCCUCGGCGCCGCCCACGGGAGGUAAGAACGGCAGCAGGAAGCUGCUCGAAACGGAUGGCGGACGCGUCGAGGAGCUUAACUUUGAGCGCGUCAUCGAGGGCGUCGCGGCGCUCGAGAGGCAGCUCGAUCCCCUCCUCCACGCGGUCGACCUCCUCAAGACCGAAAAGGAGCGCGAGGAGAAGGCUCUGGAGGAGGACUACGAUACCCUUCGCACCCUCGAGGCGAACGCGCGCUCCGAGGCACGCAAUUUCAAGGAUAGUCUCCGCAAGACACACGUCCUCGUGCCGGAGGCCACGAAGCCCGGUACUGCUUCCGCUGCCGCCGAGAACGCCGUCAAGCACGACGAGCAAGAUCUCAACUUCAUCGUCUCCGAAGAGGGCGUCGGGAGCGGCACGCCGCUGUUCAAGGACCUCGAGGACGACGAGCUGCGCGGUCUGGCGGGACAGGUCGGCAGUCACAUGGAGAGCAUGCGGGCCAACCUGCAGCAGAUUGACGGCGUCGUGCCGCAGAUUGUCAAGAGCAGGGCCGCGCUGCAGGAUGUGCUGUUUAAGCACUUAGAUCAGCAGAGUUUUGAGAAUGUCUUGUUUGGAUGA